AUGGUUUCUGCAAGAGAUGUGGCAAGAGCCAUUGUGGUCUUAUAUGUAAUUGGCUUUUUUACAAAUGCUGAUGGAAAAUCAGUUAAGAAGAGAGUGGUGAGUGAAAUACAGCUGAUGCAUGAUCGGGGAGAGAACAUGGUCCUGGAAAACAGAUUGGAAUGGCUGAGAAAGAAGCUUGAGGAUGUGCAUACCGCCCACCAUGGGGUCCUCAGGACCCUUGUGGCCCCUGCAGAAGUCCGGCUCCAAAAGAGAGCAGAUACCAUCGUGGCUGCCAACCAGGAUCACCAACUAGCUCCAGGAGAGAAGACACUUGGGGAGAAGGACAAGGCUGAUGUGGACAUACUGUCCAAAGUCAAUCCCUAG